AUGGCACCCACCAGCAGAAGAGGCAAAACAACAAGAAAAGCGAGCAAGCCAAGAAGAAGUCAUUACAAGAGGAAGCUGGUCAAGCCCACUAUUCAAAAGGCAUCAGUGUUGGAGGAAUUGCCUUCCAACUCUUCCACCAUAACUUCAGAUAAUCUUUCCAAGUUGGAGGGCUCUACUACUACUGCAAGCCCAUGCUCUACACCCAAAGCUCAAAGGUUUCAAAUACCGGAGAUGGAUACAUGCCCUCCAGCACCAAAGAAGCAAAGGGUUCUCUCCAAUUGCUCAUUGCAAAGAACACCUGUUGCUUUCUUUUCUCCUCCAGAUUUAGAUCUCUUUUUCUUCUUUGCACUUAGGGAUAUCUCAGUGUGA